AUGUCAAGCUCCGAAGCCCACAUUGUCGCCAACACAUUCGCGGAGCACGACGUCCGCAUCAACAGCCUGGCCCGCACAUCCUACAAAACAUGGACCUCAAUCCUGGUAACACCAAAGCUCUUCGAUGCCACAAUUAACGAUCACAUUCCGGUGACGAAUGUCACGAGAAAGUACGAAUUCACGGUUUCACGGGGUGUCAUCUCAGCAGAUGGCGUGAAGCGCGAUGUCAUCUUAGUAAACGACCAGUUCCCGGGUCCAGCCAUAGAAGCAAACUGGGGUGACUCUAUCGAGAUCACCGUUCACAACAACAUCAACUCUCCAUCGGAAGGUACCGCAAUUCAUUGGCACGGAUUCCUCCAAAGAGGCUCGAAUUGGAUGGAUGGAGUGCCUGGCAUCAGCCAAUGUCCUAUUGCUCCAGGUUCUAGCUACACUUAUACCAUUCCCGCACAACUAUAUGGGAGUUCCUGGUAUCACGCACACUACUCUGCUCAGUAUACCGCAGGCGUCCUCGGCCCAAUCAUUGUCUAUGGCCCAUCUCAACUGGACUACGACAUCGACAUCGGCCCUAUCAUGCUUUCCGACUGGUAUCAUGUCCCAUACUUCAGCAUCGUCAGCGAUGCGGUCGGCACCGAUCUAUCCCAAAUCCCACCUGCUGCCGACAGUCUGCUCAUCAACGGACGAGGACGUUUCAAUUGCUCAAAUCCAUCAUACGGAGACGACGCUGAAUGGCUAGCCAGCGGCGUAAGCUCUCAAACAACAUGGUCCUGCACAGACAAUGCCGAACUAUCCAAAUUCGAAUUCCAACCAGGCAAGAUCCACAGACUCCGACUAAUGAACACCGGAGCUGACGGCGUCCAAAAAUUCACCAUCGACGGCCACGAAAUGCAAGUCAUUGCCUACGACUACGUCCCAGUCACCCCCUACACAACCGACACCAUCACCCUCGCCGUCGGCCAACGCGCCGACGUCCUCGUAACAGCCGACAACACCUCCACCGACAAAUUCUGGAUCCGCACCCGCACCCUCUCGGGCCCCGAAUGCGGCGGUUCCGCCGCAGGAGAAGUCCACGCCGCCCUCUACUACUCCGGCUCCAACCCCUCCCUCCCCCCAAAAACCCAAGCAUCCCUCCCCUUCACCACCGACACAAACUGCACCCCGCUCCUCCCCACAACCCCCGAAUUUUUCCUCCCGGCCCCCAUCACCACCAACCCGACACAAGAAAAUUCCUCCACCACCACACACCUCAACCUCCUCCUCACCCUCGCCCUCAACUCCACCGGCUCCUUCGAAUGGCGCAUCAACAACCAAACCUCCAAAGCAAAUUUCAACGAACCCGCUCUUUACAACAUUUCCCGAUUUUCGGAAAAUCCGUUUUCGAAUGCUUAUGAUUUGGGUGAUGAGGAAGAAACAAAAUAUGUGGUUCUCAAUCUUACGAAUGACACCCCGAUUUCUCAUCCUUUUCAUAUGCAUGGGUUUCAUCUUCAGAUUUUGGCACAGGGACGACCGGGGGGUGGGGUUUGGGAUGGGAGCGUGGUGGGGAUGGAAAAUCCCAUGAGGAGGGAUACGGAGAUGAUUCCUGCUGGGGGGUUUUUGGUUGUUGGGUUUUGGGCGGGGGAAAAUCCGGGGAUCUGGCCUUUCCAUUGUCAUGUCGCUUGGCAUUUGAGUGGAGGUUUGGCUGUGAAUUUCCUUACGAGGAAAGAAGAGAUUCCGAAAAUCCCGGAGGGGGAAAGGGGGAAGACUUGUGAUGCUUGGGAUGCGUAUUCGAGACGGAAUGUUGUGGAUCAGAUUGAUGCGGGAUCUUGA